CAUAUAUAUAUAUGAGUGCGAUGGGAAGCUAAUCUGCAACACAAUCUACUUAUAAUUAUUCAGUAUUAAUUAUAUUACAGCUUCGAGAAGAAGAAAAUGGACUCCAAGAACAGCAUGAGCUAUAAUGCUGGACAAGCCAAGGGCCAAGCUCAGGAGAAGGCUGGCGGCAUGAUGGACAAGGCUAGCGAUGCUGCUCAAUCUGCCAAAGAAUCCAUGCAAGAGGCUGGCCAGCAGAUGAAGGCUAAGGCACAAGGAGCUGCUGAUGCAGUGAAGGAUGCAACCGGAAUGAACAAGUGAAGAUGAUUAUAUAUUUGACCAUCAAUUAUUAUUUGUUGUAAUUAUUUGGUCUCACUCUAGACAUUAAUAGCUCCAUUUCAGCUGCAGAUUUAUAUAUCUAUAGCUGUUCAUUCUCAGGGGUUGUUGUUUAAUUCAUGAUGUAAUAAAUUUUGUAAUAAGUCUAGUGAAAUCAAAAUUAAAUGUUUCACAUUUUGAA